AUGCCGCGAGCCGCUGGGGCCUCGGUUGCCACCAGGCGCGGGCCGUCGCAUGUCAUGGACGAGCCUGCUGGUAGCGCCCAGGCAGCCGACCUGCAGCGGCUCGCAGCGCAGCGGACGCACCAGGCGAUGGCCAAUGGUGGAGGCCGGCUUUGCACAGGAUCCGCUCGGAUGGUACCCUGGCGGCCGCCCUGGUGCCACACCCUCGUGCAGCUGCUGCUGGUGAGGCGGCUGCGCAGCCUUGCGGACGACGCUGGUGCCGCUCCCUGCGAGGCGGCGCUGACGACCAGCUCCAUAUAUCACUGGCGGGCGCUGUGGCAGCGGUCCAUUCCAGCGACCCCUCAUCUCGAGCAGUGGCUUGUCGAGCUGGCCCGCCGCUCCUCAUGCGCCGCCUGCGCGCCGCGCUUCGGAGCCCUGCGCUCGACGUCACAAGGUGCCAUGCCGCCCGGCGAGGGCUGCGUCCUCUGCGCCGCCGCUGCCGCCAGGGCGGCGCCGGGCUCCUCGCGCAGGCCCCGGUUCGGGCUGCUCGGCGGCAGUGGACUUCCGCGCGCGGCCGCCAGCCGCCACUCGAGGCCAGAGGUGGGCAUCAUCGGCGGCGCUUCCGCCGCUGCCCUGGUCCGUUCCGCCACGUCGGCGGCGGAGUCCCCCGGCGGGGGCCUGCCGCGCCUCGUGGCCGCCUGCCCAUGGCCUGCUCCGUCGCGCCCGCACUCCUGGGCGGUCGCGAUCGAGGCGCGCGCCAGCAAGCAGGUCCUGCUGCUGCUGGCGCUCCGCCAGAGGCCUCGCACCGAGCAGGGCGCCACCGCCACCUCGCCGCCGGCCGCCCGCGGGGCCGCCCACGCUGCCCAAAGCCUGCGCAGCAGCCGCGCGUCAGCUGGCAGCGGCGCCGCGCCAGCUCGGAGGCGCCCGCCGCGGCAGCUACCAGCGCUGUCGCGGGACCAGGGCUACUCGAUGCCCGCAGCCGCUCUGCGCCUGGACGACACCGCCACCAGCAGCGGCGGCGCCGAGGUGUCCCCUCCGAUGAAGAUGACUGCAAGAUCUGAAGGUACUACGCCGUGCAUGGGCCGCAUGGACACACACUUCGGGAGUGGGUACGACAUCGGCGCGGCCUCCCUCAUCGACGGCAAGCUGGCCCUAGAAUUCGGCGAGCUGUUCGGCGACGAAGCGCUUCGGCGAGCGUCGUUGGCCGAUGCGUCCACCGCUCCGGAUGCCCCUCAAACGCAAAAGUCCAGCUACGUCAUGAAGAAGCUCUCCCGAAAACGGGGAGAGCCCGGCUACUGGCAAGAGAGGGCACACCUGGCCAUGUAUCGCCUCGUGCAGCACCGCGUGUUCACAAGUGUGUUCCUGCUGCUGACCUUCUUCGCCCUGUUCGCACCCGACCUCGACCUGCUGUACGGGGACAAAAAUUCGGAGAUUGUCGUCGCGGCGACGACUAACGUGGUAUUCGGGUUUUUCUGCUUCGAGAUGGUUCUCCAGUCCUUUGCGAAGCCGCAGUAUUUCCCGAGGUGGCCACUCUUCAUAGACUUCAUCUCGCUGGUGUCCAUUGUGCCGGACACGUACUUUUUCAAAGUGGCCAUGUCCAACCCGGACGUCCUGGUGUCCGGGAGGCUCUCAUCCUUCGAGAGUUUCUUCAAGCUGGCCACGCGCUCCACCCGAGCCUUCCGGCUGAACCGCCUGUUCAGGAUAGUGAAGAUCGUGGCCCUGGUCCCGAGGGUAACCAACCUCUUCGUCCGGAACAAGAGGAAUGUGGAUGCGCAGGUGGACAAGAUGCUGGCGAAGAAGCUGGAGAGGGUGUUCGCGGUCCUGGACGAGGACCUUGACAACAAGAUCGAGUACGAAUCCCUACAGUUGUGCUUGAGCAGGAUGAAGAAGGGAAAGGGCAUGCAAGACAGGGUGUCGCAGACGACAAUGUUGGCGGCACCGUCGUCCACGUUCAUGAACAUCGGCGCGUCCGGCGGCGUGUCUGUCAGGUCGCUGAAGACCCACAUGUCCCUGAGGACCCCGACCAGCAGGGGACACCACCGCGUGGUGACCUCGGCGGCGACCUCGUCAACCCUCGGCGAAAAGGCCGCGACCCCGAUGUCGGGCAGCCCUACAGACAGCCGCGAGGCCUCGUCACAGCUCGUGUGGCAGAAGGCGGAGACGGACAGCCGCGGCCAAGACAGCAUCACCCGCGCCGCUCCGCCCGUCCGCAGCAGCGUCACCUCGAACCUGGUCUCCGAGGACAGCGUGACCCUGGACGUCUUCAAAGGCAAAAUCAUGGAGGACGAGUGGGUAUACCAGAAGCUUCGAGCAGCUUGCGAAGCUGAGCUGAGGAAUUCCCACAGCGUGGGCAAUAUGGCCUCGAAGCACGCGGAGGACGUGGGCAUGAAGGUCGCGCUCGCGGUGCUGGUCAUGCUGCUGGCCGUCAACUUGUUGUCGCCCACUCAAGUCGACCUUUCGGCGCUGCAGGGCCUGCGGUACCUCGACCACCAGCGGCCGAAGAAGUUGCCCAUGUGCCGGAACGAUGCGUUUGUAGGACUCUGCGCCCCUGGCGGGUGGGCCGCCGUGCGUCGCGCGGCGCGGACGCGCUUUCCGCGUCGUAGCGGCGCUGCCAAGGUGGUCAGGAAGAUGGCCGACGGCUCGAUGAACGCCACCGGUACUUUCUUGAAGGCGUGCUUCGUUCCAGAACCGACCACGAUCGGCCGCGUGAGUUUAGGUUUGAAGUAG